AUGAUGGAUUUCUCCAAGCUACCCAAAAUACGUGAUGAAGAUAAAGAAAGCACAUUUGGUUUUGUGCAUGGGGUGUCAGGACCUGUGGUUACAGCUUGUGACAUGGCAGGUGCAGCCAUGUAUGAACUGGUGCGAGUGGGCCACAGUGAGUUGGUUGGAGAGAUUAUCCGAUUGGAGGGUGACAUGGCCACUAUCCAGGUGUAUGAAGAAACCUCUGGUGUGUCUGUUGGAGAUCCUGUACUCCGCACUGGUAAACCCCUCUCAGUAGAGCUUGGUCCUGGCAUUAUGGGAGCAAUUUUUGAUGGUAUUCAAAGACCUUUGUCGGAUAUCAGCAGUCAGACUCAAAGUAUUUACAUUCCCAGAGGAGUAAAUGUGUCUGCUCUUAGCAGAGAUGUCAAAUGGGAUUUCACACCUUGCAAAAACCUACGGGUUGGUAGUCACAUCACUGGUGGAGAUAUUUAUGGAAUUGUCAACGAGAACUCACUCAUCAAACACAAAAUCAUGUUGCCCCCACGAAACAGAGGAACUGUCACUUACAUUGCUCCACCUGGAAAUUACGAUACCUCUGAUGUUGUGUUGGAGCUUGAAUUUGAAGGUAUAAAGGAGAAGUUCAGCAUGGUCCAAGUAUGGCCUGUACGUCAGGUUCGACCUGUCACUGAGAAGUUGCCAGCUAAUCAUCCUCUGUUGACUGGCCAGAGAGUCCUUGAUGCCCUUUUUCCAUGUGUACAGGGAGGAACUACUGCAAUCCCUGGGGCUUUUGGCUGUGGAAAGACGGUGAUAUCGCAGUCUCUAUCCAAGUAUUCCAACAGUGAUGUGAUCAUUUAUGUAGGGUGUGGUGAGAGAGGAAAUGAGAUGUCUGAAGUCCUCCGGGACUUCCCAGAGCUCACGAUGGAAGUUGAUGGUAAGGUAGAGUCAAUUAUGAAGAGGACAGCGUUGGUAGCCAAUACCUCUAAUAUGCCUGUUGCUGCUAGAGAAGCCUCUAUUUAUACUGGAAUUACACUGUCAGAAUAUUUCCGUGACAUGGGCUAUCACGUCAGUAUGAUGGCUGACUCUACCUCUAGAUGGGCUGAGGCUCUUAGAGAAAUCUCUGGUCGCUUAGCUGAAAUGCCUGCAGAUAGUGGAUAUCCUGCAUAUCUCGGUGCCCGUCUGGCCUCAUUCUAUGAGCGAGCUGGCAGAGUGAAAUGUCUUGGAAAUCCUGAGAGAGAAGGGAGUGUCAGCAUUGUAGGAGCAGUUUCUCCACCUGGUGGUGAUUUUUCUGAUCCAGUUACAUCUGCUACUCUUGGUAUUGUUCAGGUAUUCUGGGGCUUAGAUAAGAAACUAGCUCAACGGAAGCAUUUCCCGUCUGUCAACUGGCUGAUCAGCUACAGCAAGUACAUGCGUGCCUUGGAUGAGUACUAUGACAAACACUUCACAGAGUUUGUUCCUCUGAGGACCAAAGCUAAGGAGAUUCUGCAGGAAGAAGAAGACUUGGCAGAAAUUGUACAGCUUGUGGGAAAGGCUUCACUAGCAGAAACAGAUAAAAUCACUCUGGAGGUAGCAAAACUUAUCAAAGAUGAUUUCCUUCAACAAAAUGGAUAUACUCCUUAUGACAGGUUCUGCCCAUUCUACAAGACAGUAGGGAUGCUGUCCAACAUGAUUGCAUUUUAUGAUAUGGCCCGCAGAGCUGUUGAAACCACUGCCCAGAGUGACAAUAAAAUCACAUGGUCCAUUAUCCGUGAGCACAUGGGGGAGAUCCUCUAUAAGCUUUCCUCCAUGAAAUUCAAGGAUCCAGUGAAAGAUGGUGAGGCAAAGAUCAAGGCCGACUAUGCACAACUUCUUGAAGAUAUGCAGAAUGCAUUCCGUAGCCUUGAAGAUUAG